ACGAGGAAUUGGUGACGUGAAUGCUGUCGGAAGCAAAGCGUGGAAUGUUGUUACAUUGUUGUUGUUUUGUAGUUAAUUCAGAAGGGGGAUACAUUGCAGUCCGACUGCUGGACACAUUUGAUAAUUCGCGACAAGUAACUUCAAACCACUAUUGGAAAGCAACUUCUAAAGUUGUACGCAUCCUUGGAAGAAUAUCCGCGCUCACAAGUCUAAAUUUUGUGGGAGCCUGGUCAUUUGUAUGCAUGCAGGGUAUGAUGACUCUUUUUAAAGCAAGCAAAGCACUAAAGGUUAAGAAGGAGGCAGGCGAGAAUGCCACGGCGCUCAGUGACGACGAACUGGUGGCCAUGUCAGUGCGUGAGCUCAACCAGCACCUGCGGGGGCUGACCAAGGAGGAUGUGGUGAGGCUAAAGCAGCGGCGACGGACCCUCAAAAACCGGGGCUACGCCGCCAGCUGUCGCAUUAAACGUGUCACCCAGAAGGAGGAGCUUGAAAGACAAAAGACAGAGCUGCAGCAGGAGGUGGACAAACUGGCCCGCGAAAACGCCAGCAUGCGGCUGGAGCUAGACGCCUUGCGCUCCAAGUACGAGGCCUUGCAGUGUUUCGCCCGGACUGUCACCCGAGGACCCCUCUCCCCCGGCAAGGUGGCCACCACCAGCGUCAUCACCAUUGUCAAGUCGACAAAGCACGGCUCCAACCCAGCCCCCUUCUCAACUCCCUCCUAGUGCCAAUAGGACUGGUCUCUUCCUGGUUCUGGCAGGUUCUGACCCAGCCCUAACCCACCCCGUCUCCAUGCUGAGAGGAAGCUCAGUAAAAGGACGGGGGAAAUGAGGUGGGGUGGCUUGCUAUGUGUGAUAACAUUAUGCUGCAUUCAUCACUUUCUUUCUAUCACAUAAUCAACAUUGUCUGUUGCACUGUGCUACAACCCCCCCAGCACCGGCAGAGCUGACCCCUCCCUCCAUGACUGAACGACAGCAGAGAUGAGCUCUUACGGCAGUGAGAUUGAGUACUUGAUAAAUCCAGUCAUGGCAGCACUGGUCUGAGACAACUGAUGCCUGUGGUAUCUAGGAUUUGCAUCAGAAAUUAAAGUAAUAUAUAAUCAUUGUAAUACAGUAAAAUAGAGCUAUUUAUGCAAACAAAUGCCAAUCUAAGCCUGACAACACUUGUUCUAUAUGUAAAAGCACAAUAUUUACCAUGUCUCAGUGUAAAUUGAGCCAUUGAAGCAUUUGCCUUAAAGUGAUCUAUAAGUGAUCUCUGUAAUAUUUUCGUUUGUUACACUCUUUGAUAUUUCCUUUUUCAGUUGCGAUUUUAUAUAAAGCUUGUUCAUAUUUAAUUUUUGACCAAGGCAGGUUGGAUGGUCCAUGUCCAGGGCCAGAAGAACCUUUUUGUUUUGGUUUGUUUAUUAAGAUUCAGAAUGCAUGUCUUGAAUACAGUACAUAAACUUCCUUCUCAAAGUUAUGAGAAAGUAAAGCUAACAUACGGGGGAAGUCAGUCCAUUACAUUUUUGAAAACUUGACAAACAUUGCUGUUUAAUAAAUAGCACUUAUUGUGAAACUGUCAAGACACAGUAUAAAGGUAACAGAAAGCACUUUCUGUGCUGCUGGACCCAUGCAACUUCGAAAAAGAAAUCAGAAAUCUAAGGACACCUCAAGCUUUUGAUAGGGGGAUACCACCCAUUCUAGUGUUAGAGUAGGAAUGGGGGAUGGUUUUAUAAUAUGGUGUGUGGAUCAUAUUUAGUGGUCAAACCUUUCAUUGCUUAAGGUGUGUUUAGUUUAUUACUUUUGCCAACAAAGGCACAUUUAUGAUGUUCUAUUGCGAUGUCAAGCACUUAUCUAUGAUCUUUUGCCUCUAAACCACCUUCUACAUGUCAUUUCAUGUUGGGUAAUCCAUAUUGGAUCAAGUGAUAAUGUGAGCUGUCCUGACUAAUGAAAUGCAAUUCACUUAUUUCCUGUAUAUUACAGAGUAAGACUUAAAUCUCUAUAUUAAUUUCAGUGUAACAGAAGGAAAAAUGAACCGGUCAACUGCCUCCUUUGUAACUUUACAAGAGAAUCCGUCCUUAGAAAUCAUUCCUUCUAUUAGGUUAAUAGAAUGUGCUGCUGCCGGUGUUGGCAACUCUGAAACAGUAUACCUUGAACAUAACCUUUGACACAGACUCUUAGAAAAGAAAAAUCCUGUCCUCAAACACAGACACAAGGAGAGGUCAUGACCAAAUCCAGUGACUCUCCUUUCUCCAAAUGUACUGUUUGUUCAGUUGAACCGGCAGUUUUAAAAUUUAAACUGCCGUUUUAAAUUUAGUCAGUUUCAGUUUUAUUUGGGAUGAAAGUUUCUGGUGUCAGGAUUUUCUCUUAUUUAAGAGAAUAUGACUGUUCUUACCCUGUUUCUUAGCUGCAAAGAGCACUAAGAGGUGACUUUGCUGCUGUAUGGCCCUCAGAGUUUUCAAGCAGGGCCAUUGCUGUGCUCUUAUCAUUCUCAUUUUGUAUUUUCAGCCCAUUUAUAACGUAUGUUGAUUCACCUGUUAUUUCCUCAUAUUUAGUUUUACUGUAUGUAUAUAUGUUUGUGUGUGUAUAUAGAUAUAUAGCACGUGUGUAUUUUCUACAUGUGUGUCUUUAUUAUUGGGACAUUCAAUACCUGGGAGUGGUGUGAUCCUGUAAUAACUUUUAAAGGUAUAUGUAGAUACUGCAGUGGGAUGGUAAUGUUUCACCUACAUAUCAUGAAUCAGUUCUGGUCACUUUAUAAUCAUGAUUUUAUAAUUUGGGACCAGAUUAUGGUUUUCCGUGAGAAUCAGGUUAGUCAGUAAUCUAUUAGUAAUGGGUGACAAAAACACUUGAAUUAGACAACGAUUGGCCCCUUUACUAGCUGUUUGGUGACCUCUGGUGGUAGUUUGUGUGUUGUGAAAAGGAGGGACAUGAUCAAUUCUUGGUGACACGUUUCAAAUCAAUUUGGAUAUUACAUUUUGAUUUGUAUUUUUUCAUUUUAAAACGCCUCCCAUUGCAUAUAAAGAAAAUGGAGAAUUCAGUAGUGGCUAAUUCAUCUAUGUAUCAUACUGUAACUUUAUUUACAGUAAGAGAUAGCAAAUAUUAUCUUACUUGUUGGGACUAUACAUUUACAAUCAUGUCUAUUUAUAGGGACAAGGCACUCUAACAGCAGUACAUUUCUAACAUGGGCUGUUGCCAAUUUUUCUAAUGCCAAUUACAAUGCAAUGAUAAAGACAUUGGUGGAUGUUUUAAUUACUACGUGGGUACUACUUAAUUACUUUAGGUUUGUUAGUUUUUUCCCCUGUAGGAGGCCUUAUAGACAGAUAAGUUAGGAUUAUUAUAUAAAUAGCCUACCCUUAGUGUAUCUAUGUUUUAAGCAAACCUUAUAUACUUUAACUUCUAAAACGCUAAAGUUUUACGCACAAAAUACAUUUUCCACCCUUACUGUUAAAACAUUUUUAAAGCUCUAAGACAUAUGAAGUAUGCUGCUCCAAAAUGUUACUUUGUACGUGUCAUGUUAAGAGUGAACCCGUAAGGUGGUUGGUGAAACUGAUCCAGCAUCCUACAUUAGUUAUUAAACUACCAGUCGCUGUCUUGUAUCUUCUGCCAUGUUCUGGUUAGUUAUCUAAGGAAUAAGUUAUAUUGUUGACUGUCAAUAUGAAUGGGAUUUUCACUUAUGUAGACUAGCAAAACACAAUCUACAGGCCAAAACUCUGAAGCCGCUACCCUUCCUCACGUCUUUACUCUGCUCGUUAAUUUGCUCAUAUGUAUGUUGUUUUAACUUCAGUAUUUAUUUGAUUUUCUGUGUUUUAUUUUCAACAUCUAAAUUAUUUUAAUUUACAUUCAUAUAUUUACAUAUUUUCUCAAUGAACUACCCUUAUGUAUAAAUACAAUGUUAUUUCAGUUCUCAUUGACAAUAAGGAGGUAAAUUAUUCCUGUAAAUAGGUCUGCUGUGUCUGUUUUUGUACUUUUAAAUAAGUCUUUCUCAUAAAUAAAAAAUUCAGCUAAGAAUAA